AUGACCAAACCCUUUUCAAUCAAGCUUCGCUUAAAGGAAGAACGAGACAAUCUUUUCGUUCGUCUCAGUGAACGAACUGUCAAGGAUCUCCUGGAUGAUGCCUCAGCCAGUUCUUUCCUUCCGCUUGCUAUUGCUUUAUGUGACACAACUGUUUAUACCUCGUGGAACGGUGGUAUCAGUGAAUAUGAUGAUACGAUUGAAAUCCCAUCAUUUCUCCUUUCGGGCUUGUCCCCCUUGCCAACAAUGGUCGAGGUGAAAUUGCUAACGUCGAUUUCGCCAUGUACUAAAGUUCACGUGGAGCCAGUCAGUGCCAACGAUUGGGAACUUCUUCAAUGUGAUUCUGCAGUGCUUCAACGAGGCGGCUUCCUUCAACAAGUCAGCGUGGUAUAUUCGAAGCAGCAUCUUCACCUGAAAAUGGACAAUGAUUGGGUGGAGCUGUUGGUAGGUCGCAUCGAGUCCUCAAAUGAUGAUGACGAAAAGAUCGUAUUCGGUCUUCUUCGUCAGGACACCGAGGUCAUUAUUGCACCACGAACUCGCGAAAAGAAGGAUAUUGUGGACUGGUCUCCACCCCAAACGCUCAUUCCCAGUCAAGACGACUGGAAUGAAGCCAUGCUUCAGCUGCACAAGACAAUGGAGCUUGAACCGUUGUCUCUGGCACCUGGCUGUGUCUUGGUCAACGAAAUGAUGUGGAACUCGAAAUACUCCUGGGCAACGGUGGAGCCUUGUUCCAACAAGGCACAAAAAGAAGACCAAAAGCGUUUGGUGCGAGUGAUUUGCAACAAGUCUGUCCCAGAAGGGAAUGCAGUACUGCACAAGUGGCUCCGUCAGGAUUUAGGUUUGGCGUUGUAUUGGAAAUCGAUACGAUUGCGUCCGACCUCCACUCCAAGAGACUUAUCCUUAGAGGAUAUUUCCCUUGUGCCCAUCCAAUUCAACGCAGCCGAAAGUAUUGCGGCAUUCCGAAAACCAAGUAGGACACUGCAUGAUACCAACAUUGCCAGCAUUGAAACCACUGACGCCAUCGCGUUGCCAUUGAGUUGCAUCUUUGAGGCAAAUUGUUUAGCAGAACACGGACCACAAACAAAAGAUUCAGUUUCAUACUUUCGGCUUGUCGAUGUGAAUACCGAGAAUCCAUCUGCGCAACUGGGCGGUAUCCUUACUUGCAAUCAAGAGGCUCGCGACCGACUUGCUGAACUUUGUACAAGAACAAAGACUGACACUGAACCAGAGGUAUCGAAUGUACCGGAACAUGAGAACUUCCUGAGCCCUCUUUCGGCUCCAGUCGUGUCUUCACAUUCUUGGGCAGAAAAUGCAAUCGAUUCGUUGCGAAAAGAUGACCAACUGUGGAUUACAAUCUGGGGGGAAAGUGGUAGCGGAAAGUCCCAUUCUGCACUGCUACUGAGUGCGAUGUGCAAAGUCUCACAGCAUGCUCCAAGUAUCUACUUGGAUUGCAAGCGACUGAAAGAGACGACUACUUCUCUAGUUGAAAUCUUGAACGAGAUAGAUUCCGUCUUUGAGCUUGCAGUGGAAGUUCAGAAUUGUAUCAUCGUUUUCGAUGACAUGGAUCUAGUUGCUCCAAAUUUGCUGGGCGGAGAAGAGCAGGAUUCUUCAGCCCGGGUCGAGACGGCUAAUCCAAUUGCAGUCUCCCAAUCAAAGGUCAUCGCAGAUCGUGUGCUACAACUUAUCGAAGCAACUCGGUCAAGUCGAGUAUCCAUCCUCGCCACUUCAACGAGUAUGGAAUCCAUCCAUUCAUCAUUUCAUGAUUGCUUGAGAAUUCCUAAACUAAACAUGGAGGUUCCGGUACUUUCUUCGGAUGAUCGGGUUAGUGUAUUGGAGCAGUUGGUGGGGAACGAUUCCUCCCACACUACAGCUCCAAUAUCUAAGAAAAUUGGCCAAAAGAUGGAUGGCUUUCGGCCCCAUGAUCUAGAGAAGAUAGCGUCUAGGGUCCGACGAAAGCUUCGAACAGAAGGAGAUGGCUUGUCCAUCAACGAAGCUGUCUCGAUGGUCAUCGACGGCUACAUUCCGCUCUCGCAUAUGGCACUGAACGAUCUUGAUCAUAAAGUCUCCACGACUUGGGAGAUGAUUGGUGGCCUGUCCUCAGUAAAGUUGAAGCUUGAAUCACUUGUUUUGAAUCCAGUGAAAUACAAAUUGAUCUACGAGAAAGCGAGCAUCAAGCUUCCGAGAGGAGUUCUGCUCUUUGGCCCUCCUGGCUGCGGAAAGUCAGCCCUUGUUCCUGCGCUUGCCCAGUUUUGCAAGUUUCCUGUGAUCUCUUGCAAAGGUCCCGAGAUUUUCGACAAGUACAUUGGUGCAUCAGAAGCCAAGAUUCGAGAGCUUUUCAAGAGAGCCAGCGAUGUCGCUCCGUCCAUUCUCUUCCUUGAUGAGCUAGACUCGCUGGCCCCUCGUCGAGGUUCCGAUCACACUGGGGUGACUGACCGGGUAGUCAACCAGCUGUUGACGUUCCUGGACGGAGUAGAAGAUAACUCUGGGGAAACGGUUUACGUGGUAGCAGCAACCUCAAGGCCUGACAAAGUGGACUCCGCGGUCCUUCGUCCAGGCCGUUUGGAGCAGCAUCUCUUUGUCGGACCUCCUACAACAGAAGAAGAUCUCUUUGAUUUAUUCUCGAAACUUUGCUUGGAGUGGAACUUGACUGAUGAUUGUCAAGAGAAGCUAUCAUCUAUUGAGAACGCAAACGAGAUAUUGAGCCUUGUCAUACGGGGCACUGGUUCCAUAUUUCCUGCGGAUAUCAAGGCUGCCUUUGUCACGGCACAUGUCAAUGCCGUCCAUAGGGCUCUAGAAAAGCAAAAGCCCGAAGAGAUACAAGAAGUCAAGAUUUGCCUGGAUGACCUAAAAUCUGCUCUUCAAAGUGCUCGGCCGAGCGUGAGUGGCAAGGACGCUUUUGAACUCAAGGAAAUCUACCAAAAGUUCCAAGGAAAGAAGAAGCAAAGCAAUGACUCAAGCGGGAAGCAACCGGAAUUAAAGACGACACUAAGGUAA